AUGUCUGAAACACACGGACAGGCCUUCCACCGCGCCGGCUUCUCGCCACCGGGCAACGCCGGCUCGUUCGCUGCCAUGAUGGCCGCGCAGGCUGGCGCACAGGUGCUGUCCAACGGCAGCGCCAUCCACCCGUCGUCGUCGCCGCCCACUUCGUUUUCGCCUCCUCGCGCACGUGCGCAGUCGCAGUCGGUGCCGCUGUCGGCGCCGCGUCUUCUGACGCCGUUCGACACGGGCGACAUCAAGAUCCUGCUGCUGGAGAACGUGUCGCAGGGCGCGGUCAAGAUGCUCAAGGAGCAGGGCUACCAGGUGGACUUCCACACCAAGGCGUGGAGCGAGGAGGAGCUCAUCCAGAACAUCGGCCAGUACCACGCCAUAGGCAUCCGCAGCAAGACCAAGCUGACGUCCAAGGUGUUCCGUGCGGCGCACAAGCUGCUCGUCGUGGGUUGCUUCUGCAUCGGCACCAACCAGGUGGACCUCGAGUCGGCGGCCAAGGCGGGUGUGGCGGUGUUCAACUCGCCGUUUGCCAACUCGCGCUCCGUGGCCGAGCUGGUGAUUGGCGAGAUGAUCGGCCUGUCGCGUCAGCUGGGCGACCGCGCGAACGAGAUGCGCCAGGGCACGUGGAACAAGGUGUCCAAGGGAUGCUACGAGGUGCGUGGCAAGAUCCUCGGCAUCGUCGGCUACGGCCACAUUGGCUCGCAGCUGUCGGUGCUGGCCGAGGCGAUGGGCAUGCACGUCAUCUACUACGACGUGGUGCCGCUCAUGCCGCUCGGCUCGGCCAAGCAGGUGCCUACGCUCAACGAGCUGCUGGGCACGGCGGACUUUGUGUCGCUGCACGUGCCCGAGCUGGCCGAGACCAAGAACAUGAUCCGCGCCGAGCAGAUCAAGGCGAUGAAGAAGGGCGCCUACCUGAUCAACAACGCGCGUGGCACCGUGGUGGACAUUCCGGCGCUCGUCGAAGGGCUCAAGUCGGGCCAUCUGGCGGGUGCGGCGGUGGAUGUGUUCCCCAAGGAGCCUGCGGCGUCGGGACCGGGCACGUUUUCGGACGAGCUCAAUAGCUGGGCUUCGGAGCUGUGCAAGCUGCCCAACGUGAUGCUCACGCCGCACAUUGGAGGCAGCACGGAGGAGGCGCAGCGCAUGAUUGGCAUCGAGGUGUCGGAUGCGCUGAUCCGCUACAUGAACUUUGGCGGUUCGGUGGGUGCGGUCAACUUCCCCGAGGUGGAUCUGCGUGCGAUCACCGAGGCGGACUCGCGGGUGAUCCGUAUCUGCUACGUGCAUCAGAACCAGCCCGGUUCGCUGCGCGCAGUCAACGAGAUCCUGGGCUCGUUCAACGUGGACAAGCAGCACUCGGACUCGCACAAGGACGUGGCGUACCUCAUGGCGGAUAUCUCGGGCGUGUCCGAGAACGAUGUGCGCGAGAUCUACGACCGCAUCUCCAAGACCAACGCCAACAUCCUUACGCGUCUGCUGUCGUAA